CUCCACACAAUAGUAGAGUGGAGGAGAAGAGUGAGUGGGAACAAGAGUUUCCUUCGCAAGCGGAUGGCCAUACGGUGUCUACCUGAACCCUCUUUCUUUUCAUCCUAAAGUUUUCCUUCUUUCGCACUUUGCAAUAAGACAAAACGCAUCGCAUUGAAAUCCAAAUCCCAUAACCCCCCGGUAUCCAUGGAUUCCUUCCAGCAACAUCACAGCUACAUGAGACCACCGCAACCGCCACCUCCUCCGCCGCAUGCGGCGGAUCCCCACCAUCACCCGCACCACUUUCACCAGAUACCGCCGCCGCCACCCCAAGCUCCCUGGUUGUCCUCUCAAUUCCAAUACCACCCUUCGCAGACCCCUUCCCCUCCGCCACAGUGGCAGCAACCACCGCCGCCGCCGCCCCCUCCUCCUCCGUCGAACGCAUAUUCGUACCAUCCAAGCCGGUUCCCUCCUCCUCCGCCUCGCUCUCAUGCGCCUCCUCAUCAGUUCACCCCUCACUCCCACAUUUCUCAGCCUUAUCCUCAGGAAUGGGGCAAUCCAAACUUGCAACCUAAUCAGGGCUAUCCAGCUCAUAACAAUGAAGAAGAUUGGGCUGCGAAGGCAAGAGCUUGGGCAGCUAAGGCUGCCAUGGAAAGUCAGCAUCCACAAACACAUUUUUCACCUGCUGGAAGAUUGCACGAGCAAAAUCACUAUCAUGAUCAGUUCCAGCAAUCGGUUGACUCACAUUAUACUGUUGUGCAAAACCAAUCUCAUUCAACAUCAAGCUAUCAACAAUUUUCCUACUUAGAUACUUCUGCGCAGCGACUUUCAGGACAUUCUCAGGAUGCUGUACCUGUCAGUUUGGAGACAUCUUAUGCUCAAGAUGGACAUUCGUACAGUGCCAGAGAUGGGACCAGCAUCAGAGAUUCAAAUGUUUCAUUUGAACAAGGGAGCAUGCAAGCAAAUCCAUCAGUUCAUCAGCAGGAGGUACCUUCUAGUUAUAGUUCUGUUGCAGGUAAAGAGGCUGCUGAUCAGAUUCAACAAUCAUACUCAGUCUUCCCUUUGUCAAGUUCAUCAUCUCAAGAACGUCAUGUGCAACCAUCAAUGCAUGCACCACCUUUUGCAUCUGGCAGCCACUCAGUGGACUCGACUAUCAGUCUUGCUGAUCAACCAUUAGAUUUUGCACCCAGGUUUAAUCGUGAUAAUGACUUGCAGAUGCAAUCAACUUAUAGCCAUCAUGAUUCAAGUACUUCAAUGAAUAACUGGGCCGCUCAAGUGGCCCCUGGUGUUGGUUAUCCACCAAUUCUUGCCUCUGGACCACAGCUUGACCCUUCUAUCUCCACUCCUGGUCAUGUGGCACCACCAUUUGGAAGGUUUGCUGGACCCAGCCUCCCUUCAACCAUUCCACCAAGUGGUGCACCCUUUACCCUUAGCACUGGAACUACAAUUCAUCCUCCUGCUUUCUCUGCUGAUGCAUAUGGGGUAUCUAGUGUUUCUGAUCGUCCUAAGAAGGCUUCAGUUCCAAACUGGCUUAGAGAAGAAAUAAAGAAAACAGUCAUUGCUGCUCCUGCAGAGAAUCUGAAGGAGGAAGCUGCAUUUGUAAAUGAUGGCAUUGACAAGCCAUACACGAGAGGCGAUGAGGCAGAUAGUAAAAGCAUUGAUUCAUCUAGAUCGGCGGAGGAUGAAGAAGAUGAAGAGGAUCAAGUUGAGGUAGCUAGAACUGCAGCAAUCAACCAAGAAAUAAAAAGAGUUCUGACUGAAGUUCUUUUGAAGGUCACUGAUGAAUUGUUUGAUGAAAUCGCAACCAAAGUUCUUGCGGAAGAUGAUCUUACUGCUGAAGUAGGUCACAAGGUUGUCACCUCAAACCACAAGGCACCUGCUUCUCCACCCUCAGUUACAGUUCCUAAGGCAUCUGCAAAGGUUUUAGUUCCAGUCAAAGAGAGGGUAGAAAAUGAUGGUUCCAGUGAAAAAUCUAAUUCUAGUUCUCCUGGAGAUGUUUUAGGUCUUGGAAAUUAUGGUUCUGAUGCUGAUGAUGAAGACAAUGAAAUUGAGAGUUCCAGUGUGCCAACUCCUGCAAAAGAUGCUGCUUACCAGUCAGGGAUUAAGCAACCUUUGGCAGAUACACAUGAUGUAUCUGUUAAUGGCAUUUCACAACUUCCUGAGCAUAGUAGAUAUGAAACUAAUUAUGUGAAUGCUCAGAUCAAAACCACGUCUUUACCAUCCAAUGAUUCUGCUUCCGAUCAAUUGCAUGAUGACAAGGUUACUAGAGCAUCCGAUCUUUCACAUUCUUCCAAAGUGGUGCCUGAAGAUCUUAGGGAUAACAGGCUUGAUGCCAUUCAAAGAGGCCAUGAUAGAUUUAAUGGCUUUAGUUCUAAAGAUACUUCAGGGAUACCAAGAUCUGAACUGCUUGGAAAGAGCAUUGGUGGGGAAAAAGCAACAGAUGAUCAUUUAGGUUGGGAAAGCAGAAGAAAAUCUGAAAAAAAUGAGCGGCCUGACAGGAAUACUUCUGAGAAAGACUUUGUGAAGGAGGUAAACAGUAGUAAGACCAGGAUAGAUGAAAAAGGUCAUGAGAAUCAUCGAAGGAAGGAUGAAAGAAAUCAUAAAAGGGAAAAAGCAGAUUAUGGCAGUGAGUCAAAAGAAAGGGUGAAAGAACACCAUUUCCGGCACUGGGAAAAGGCAAAGGAAUCAGAUUCAAGGAAAAGAUCCUCUCAUGUUGAUGUCAAGGAUGAUAAAAGGGAAGUUGAAAAAUCCCAUAGAGGUAGUACCACUGAUGAUACAAGCCGGAAAAGGGAGCAUACAAAGGAUAAGGGGGAACAUAAAUCAAGGCAAAAAGAUGCAAGUAAUCCUGACAGGCAUAGGAGAAGACGUUCAUCUUCAGUAAGUAGUAGAGGUAGAACCAACAAGGAUCGUGUUGAUCAUGCUGGUAAUUCAAGCGAAGGAUCAGAUGUCUCAAAAAGGAAGCUGCAUUCAAGAAAGCGUGACUUGUCACCGUCUCCUGUCAGAUCUAAAAGAAGACAACUUUCGCGGUCUCCUCAUAGCAAGCGUUCUCAGCGCAGGCAUUCUCCCUAUUCUUCUCUUGAUUCUUCCAGGGGAAGGAGGUCAAGAACCAGAUCACCUGUUCGGCGGCAGAGAUGAACGAUGGAAACAGAGAGGAUUGAGUUUGCAUCGUCCGAGGGAUCUCAGGUGGAGCUAUGGUCAGUUUGGUUAUCUGGGUUUGUCUUCAUUGCUCUCUCUCUCUAUGCCACUCAGAGAUUACCUUCGUUGAAGGAUCAUAGCAGAGCUUCCAAAGAUGUUAUAUUGGAUUCCACAAGUAUUACAAUAUUCACAGCUCCAAAACCAUUUAAGGGCUCUACUGGGACCAAACAGAAACUUGCUCUUAGGUCAUGGCUGGCUCUGUCUCCAUAUGUUACUGUUGUUUUCUACAGUCAAGAUCCUUCCGUUGCCUCUUUUGCUGAUGCUUUUGAUUCCAGGGUUUUAGUUGACACUAGCAUCGAUUUUACCUUCCUAGGUACUCCUUUUUUCCACUCCAUGAUUGCAAAGUCACGCUCAUACACAUCAGAUUUAUCUGUUAUCGUUGACCCUGAAACCAUUAUCCUUUCUGGAUUCAUCUCCACCCUAAACCAUGUGUAUCAACUUGACCAUGAUUGGCUUCUUGUUGCUUCACCUCAAAAUGUUUCUUCCUUCCCAUUCCAUUUGGAUGAUUCUGGGAAACAUUGGCAGACAAGUAACGGGAAACGGAUGAAGAUCCAGAAGCUGCAGAAAAUACUUCGACAGAAUGGGCAGGGGAAACGUUGUUAUACAAGAAUGCUCAUGGUGUGGAACAGCAAGGAUGUGCCUCUACAUGAUGGAGUUCUUCCUCCUUUCUUGUAUGGGAAAGGUGUACAUAACAAUUGGGUGAUUCAUGAGGCAAUGUCAUCUGAGUUCAGAUUUGUCUUUGAUGCUAGUUUGACCAUCACAAGUUUCUAUUUGAAUGAAGAGGAUGAAUUUAGCAACACACAAGGAAAUCCCAGUGCUCUAGAUACUGAGAAUAGAAAUUGGGAGUACAUUGGCAAUUCCCAUGUGGGGGCAAACUAUGGAUCAUUCUUCUACAGUGAAGAUAACUCUAACCUGGUCAAACUUUUGAAGUGCAAUAAACAAUACAUUAUGGUUGACACCAAGAAAAAUGCUGUUUAUUCAAUUGGGCACCAGGGUGCAAUGAACCUGAUGAAGGAAAAGUAUUUUCCAUCUUGGUUAAAGGAAAAUACAAUGUAUUGCAUUGAUCGUCAGAAACCACAGACUGCAUCAUUUGAUUGCUCUGUUUAGGAUCAGAUUAAAAUUCCAGCAACUCUGGAGCUUCCGUUCUCCUUAGAAUCACUCCUGUCUAUCACUGCAGACAAAAGUAAAACAGUUAUAGUUACCGUUGCUGGAUAUAGCUACAAGGAUAUGCUCAUGAGUUGGGUUUGCAGAUUACGACAACUGUUUGUUCAAAAUUUUGUUGUUUGUGCCCUUGAUCAGGAAACUUAUCAAUUCUCCAUCCUGCAGGGAAUUCCAGUUUUCACUGAUCCAACAGCUCCAAGUAACAUCAGUUUUGAUGACUGCCACUUUGGCACCAAGUGCUUCCAAAGGGUGACAAAAGUGAAGUCAAGAAUUGUUCUAAAGAUUCUCAAGCUAGGUUACAAUGUACUUCUCAGUGAUGUUGAUGUAUACUGGUUCAAAAAUCCACUUCCCUUACUUCACUCUUUUGGCCCUGCUGUUCUUUCUGCACAGUCUGAUGAAUACAAAAAACAAGGACCAAUAAACCUACCUAGACGCUUAAACUCCGGCUUCUAUUACGCUCAUUCCGAUACUCAGACAAUUGCUGCUAUAGAGAAAGUGGUAAGACAUGCAGAAACUUCUGGCUUAUCAGAGCAGCCAAGCUUCUACGACACGUUAUGCGGCGAAGGAGGAUCCAACCGCGUUGGUGACAACCAAUGUGUGGAACCUGAAACAAACCUAACGGUACAUUUCUUAGACAGAGACCUCUUCCCAAACGGGGCUUACCAAGAGCUAUGGUGGGAAAAAGACGUGAAGGCAGCAUGUUUGAAGAAGGGGAGUUACAUGAUCCACAACAACUGGAUCAGUGGGAGGCUCAAGAAACUCGAGCGACAAGUGUUGUCGGGUUUAUGGGAGUAUGAUCCUGGCACAAGAAUGUGUCUGUGGUGCUGGCAUGGCUCGGUAUCAAACGCUGAAGUUAAUUUUGAGGAAAGGGUUGAUUCCUUCUUAUCAAGUCUAUGAAUUUGUUUUGUCCUGACUCAAAUAAAAGCCAUUGUUUUCCCUUUGUUUGCACAUGCCCCAACCUCGGACUCAUCGCGCUAUAGAGAAAGCCGGCCAUAGGAAACUGAGAAGCAUCUAUGAUGACUCUCUUUAAAUAAUACCUCUGUGGCGCACGCUCUUCCGCUACCCAGCUCUAGUUUCUAAAAGAGAUGGUGAAACAUUCAGAGAGCAUAAUAAUAAGUUGGAAGUGCAGGCUAUGCUGAAGCGAGUGGUUCAUUCGUUAGGCCGGGUGGAACAUAGAGAGAAAGGUUCCAGAAGGAAGAACCAUCAGAGUGAAAGGGUGCCGUCGCCGGAAUUGUACUCAAAGUCCAGGGAUUUUGUUGUGAGGAUAACUCACGCGGGUGGACAUCAGGAACUGUAUAGACAUGCAGUUCCUGCGUCUAAGUUGAUGACAAAGUAUCCAGGGAUGUGUGUUGCACGGCCAGAAGUGUUCAAAGUGCCUCAUCAAUCGGUGUUAUGGAGAGAGGAGGUUCUGGUGCCUGGUCACAAGUACAUCCUGAUCUCUUUUAAAGACGUGGAGAAGUUGAAACGAAAAAUUUCAGAGGGGUCUCCAAAGGAGAGAGUGAAAGUGGCGAAUGGUGUAGCAGGCCAUGAGACGCUGGAUACAAUCAUCAAUGGUGGAAAAAGUCACAGAGAGAAUGGGAAAAUGAAAGAGCCAAAUGGAGUUGCAGGCCAAGGGUUAGAAAAAAGGACAAGUCUUUCUCCCAAAGGACAAGGGAGCAACAGUGUUGUGAAAGAGGGAAUGGGGCUAGGUGUAGAAAAGAUGGAGUCAAAUGUGGAUGGUUGUUUAGGUGAAGGAGGUGUAGAGGACUGUUUUUACUCUGCGAAGGACUUCUAUGGCUGUAGGGAGAAGUCCAUAACCCCAAGACCUUCAAGACGAAAAGGAAUAAAAGGGAAGAAGCCUUUUGUGGCACCUCUUCCAAAGCCACGACCAUAUCGGACCUUGGGAUGGCAACCUAGCCUCCCAACUGUGAAGGAACUCUCGCCAUGAUUUUGUGCUGUAGAGCUCUUAUUCUAUGGCACUUGCGUGCCAUUGAAUCACUCGUUUCUCUUCAUGAUCUAUGGAUAGCUGUUGCACCAUUUUAAUAAAAUCAAUACGUAAUUCCCACCUUUGUUUUUUUUUUAAUUGUAUUGUUUCCUUGUGCAUAAGGAACUUUGGCAUGUGUAUUAGACAGAAGAAGAAAAAAUGUGAGCCAUUUGCAUAAAAUUAUUGCUAGCAUUGGCGGAACUUCUCACAAAUCUAACACCACAAAUGAAAUU